AUGCCAUUUAACCAUCAUCAUCAUCAUCAUCAUCAUCAUCAUCAUCAUCAUCAUCAUCAUCAUCAUCAUCAUCAUCAUCAUCAUCAUCAUCAUCAUCAUCAUCAUCAUCAUCAUCAUCAUCAUCAUCAUCAUCAUCAUCAUCAUCAUCAUCAUCAUCAUCAUCAUCAUCAUCAUCAUCAUCAUCAUCAUCAUCAUCAUCAUCAUCAUCAUCAUCAUCAUCAUCAUCAUCAUCAUCAUCAUCAUCAUCAUCAUCAUCAUCAUCAUCAUCAUCAUCAUCAUCAUCAUCAUCAUCAUCAUCAUCAUCAUCAUCAUCAUCAUCAUCAUCAUCAUCAUCAUCAUCAUCAUCAUCAUCAUCAUCAUCAUCAUCAUCAUCAUCAUCAUCAUCAUCAUCAUCAUCAUCAUCAUCAUCAUCAUCAUCAUCAUCAUCAUCAUCAUCAUCAUCAUCAUCAUCAUCAUCAUCAUCAUCAAUCUUCAGCGAUGGAAACCUCGUUCAUGUGGUGA